AUGGAUACCAAAUUGGAACGUCCCGUCGCGUAUUACCCCUACUUUUAUUUCAACAAAACCCAAGCGGAAGAACAGUGUGAGCAACAACCUCAACAUUUUCCUUUAUGUUUCUAGGCCAGAGUUGAAGAUUUUCAAAGGGUUAAAAAACGAAUCGAAAGGUUAUUUUAUGCUCUACAACUUUGCAGUUGAUCAUUUUACACCAUCACACCCCUGUAGCGAGAUAUUUCGAUUUUAACGCAACGGACAGUGGCUUUUACUUGUUUUUUCGAUUUUACUCAAUAGCUAAAAGAGAUCGUGAAAAAUGAUCAAUUACAAAGUUGUAGAGCUCAAAAUUAUCUAUCGAUUCAUGGUUUAACAUUGAGAAAAUAUCGAAAAUUGACCAAGUUACACGCGGUUUACCGCCGACCACCUAAAUGCUCGCACUAAUGAUCCGAACCAAUCAAUACCGUAGCUUUCUCCGGGAAUUUUAGUAUAUUCGAGUGGAACUGUUUGCCGACCGUAUCGAUGGAUACAACCCAAAACCUACAGUGUCUGUGUGCCGGUGGCGGCCCGCACAUAAUGGCGCAAUGAAUGUUUGCGCCAUCUGAACCAAUAUGGACGGGCAUGACGGAAAACGAGGGAAAGUGUGCCGAAAACGAAGCUUUUUGACCAUUUUACCUUUCUCUAUAUUUUUGGUCGGAGUAGUAGCGGUGGUUGAGCAUCCGUCAAGGGUGUAACUCUUUUGAACUACGGUAAUAGAAGAUCACCACAAUAGCGCGCACUCAAACCAAUUUAUCUCAGCUGCCCGUGGAACUAUCAAAAAGUUGUCAACUGAUAAAAUGUACACAAUUUCUUGGUGAUCAUUUUAUCAGUUGACAACAUUUUUGUACCUCUCCCGACAGCUGAGAUAUAUCGUUUUGAAUGCACGGCAUUGUGCAAGUCCUGUAGAAAACCCGCAAAAAUUGCAAUUCUCCCGAACCGAAAAAAAAGACAAACAAUUCAUAAAUUCUCUGGCUCGUGGGAACCCCCCGCAUCACUCUUUUCCGUCUCUUUUCGCGUUGAAACAAUAAUACAGGUUGUUGUGUGUGCCACGUAUUCGAUACUUUUUUUUCUACAGUACGGACUGCUCCAGGCCCGGCCCGGCCAACAAACAAAACAUAAAAAAUAUGGAAAUGGGGGCGCCUGGUACGUACGAAUGGCUAUAAUUUUACGAGGCCGUCGGUCACUCGGUGGGAGCCCCCCUCACUUUCUUUCCGUUUCUCUCCCACCUCAAACACACACACACACACACACCCACGCAUCCAUCAUUCUCUCCGUUGUUCACCUGAAAAUGGACCGUUUCUUUUUUUUUUGCAGGUAUAUGCGAUAGAAGCGACUUGCUGUCGAUGAUGAGCUCAAGCACCGGUUCGUGUGAUUUGGACGGACCGCCCGAGACGAAACGCUUCAGAAUCGAUGUGAACACACAGGUGAGCGCACCGGGAAAAUCCACGUUUUUUCCAACUUUCUUCUUGUCGCGCACGUUUCUCACUGCGCGCGGCACCCAUAACGACACCAUCCUGGGGAGCCGUGGGCUUUGACGGUGCGCGUGGCGUAGUGGUUGCUUUUUGGAAUUGUAGAGACUGUGAGUGGUCGAAAGUUCGAACCCGGUCAGGUGAAAUCGGUUUUUGCUCAAAUUAUUCAAUCAGUAUACACUUCUCCAAGUGUCAGUUUCUAGUUUUCAAUCCUCCUUUGGCACAUUGCCAACCAGUCAUACUUGGAACGAAACGAUCGGAGAGAAAGAGAUGGAGAUGAACAAUCCAAUCCGUGAAAAAAAAAAUUCCAAUUUCAAUAAUUGAAAUGGCUGAGCGCGCGCGCGAAAUGAGCCCCCCACACAUCCCGAGAUAAGGAUGAGCCGGACAGAUAUUUCCACAUUUUCGCUCGAAAUGUCUCUCAAACUUGGCGCUAUUUUCCGAUGAGCGCAAGACAAAUCUUUUUCUUUUUCUUCAAAUGUUCCACCAAUCCGCAGGAAUGAAGAGAUUUGAUGAAUGAGCGACGAAAAACGAUUUUGAAGGGGUUCACUUCCAACUCUUUAGAAAUGGGCGGCGUAUAACUCUAGAACUAAGCGUUUUGGUACAAAAUAGUCAACUGCAAAAUUGUUGAGCAUAAAAAGUUACGUAAUGUUGUAGUGCAUCAUUUUGCUGAAACAUAACUCUCAAGGCUUGAUUGUAGGCCUCAAAGUGUGCUCGUCACAUGUACUGUGUGUACUGUUUAGAAAUAGGCUCAUAACGUGAAAAUAAAGAGUUUUGGAUAAAAGUGAUCAAUUACAAAGUUAGAGAGCAUAUAAUUCUCUACAAUUUUCUAGUUAAACGCUUUUUCAAAUAAUCACUAGUUCUUGAGAUACAAGUUUCCAAAGACACAAGUGCCAAUUCAAUUUGCAGGUCGGAAUCAUCGAUGCUCCCUCGACAACGUGCUCGAUCACAACGACUCCGGUGGCAGGAGAAGCGUCGCAGGAUGGGCAGUCCCCAGCAGCGCCCUCCUCCGCCAGCUACCGUUCCUCGAACAGCAGCGUCAUCUCCUCCUCCGAAUCGCCGAUCAAAGAGGAGGAGAUGGACACUUCGGACCUGCAGUUGCAGCACGACGAGACCGACGGAUCGGUGGUCGGAGGGGCGAGCACCGGCGGCGCGAGCAUCGUCAACAAUAGCGAGAUAUUCGAGAUGCUCAACAAGACGUUCGGCGGUGUGUUCGGCAAUUGCGAUCUGGAAGGAAUGAUGCGGCCCGCGGCACUCUUGAAUCCUCCCUCCCCGCCCACACCCGUUCCCACCGGAAUCCCGGGCGCUCUGGCCGUCGCACAGACGCCUGCCGCUCAACUUUUCGCGAACGAUGACUGGAGCUGGCACCGAAACCCGGCGGCGUCGAUCCGAAGCGGAGGAACCAACAAGCAGACGCCCGUCUGGAAGUACUUUGUGUACAAUAAAGCGGAAAACUUGAGCAGGUUCGUUGAUCGAAUUUCUGAUGGUCUAGAAAAGUCAAUAAUCACAUUUCAGAUGCAUCGUCGGCGACUGUACCUACAUGCUCAAAGGGCCGCACACCUCCACGCUGGCGUGCCAUCUCAAAAAGCACACGAAAGAGUAUUCGGAGUUCCAGAAGCUCAAGACGGAGUACUCGCGGACCAAGAUGGAGCAGCAGCCGAAGGUGCCCGAGAUGACGACGCCCAGUCCGAUGGCUCCGAUGAAUCUUCAGUCGCUUCCGGCUCGCCAGACCAUCUCUCCGGUCUCCUCCACCUCAAACUCAUCCGCUUCUGGUGUGGAUUUGAGCAUGAAGAAGGCGGCGAAAAAUAAGGAAAUUCCAAUUCCGAGCUCCGCCAAGCUUAACGAGAUGAUAUUGAACGGUUUUCGGGGAGGUGUCGCCGCUCCGAUCAGCACUUCUUCCGCGUCGAACAGCACGUCGGUGCCGAGCUUUGUGACCAACAUGAUGCUGCAAAUGAACCCGCUCCACAUGAUGUUGGCUCAAUCGCUGCCGACGACAGCUCAGCCACCGGCCACCGGCGGCGGCGGCGGCGCACAACAACAAUCCUGCGGCGCGUCACAAAUCGUCGCGAGCACCAACGCUCUCGCGAUCUCGCUGGCCGCCAACGGUCAGCUGGUCCAGUCGUCGAAAAAGUGGCGAAGCGACGAGAAGAAGCAGAAAGAGUUGGGCACGCGGCUCGCACUCGCGCUCGCCACCUCGCACAUCCCGUGCGAGGUGCUCCAGAAUCCGCUGUGGAAGGAGGUGUUCGAGAUGGCGCAGCCCAAGUUCUCGCUGCCCUCCGAACAAGUGUACGAGGCGGCCGUGAGCGGAACCGUCCAAAAACUGACGCAGACCGUCAAGAGCGCGCUGGCGGCCAACAAAAAACUGAACCUUCUCCUCGACGUCACCAAAGUCACCGGCGAAAUUGCGAGGCUUUCGGUCGCGGCGGCUAUUACCGGUGGCGCCGGAAACGCCUACGAAACACAGGUCGUCCUGCUCGCGUUCCGCAACAUUUCCCAGUCGGUCGGCGCCGAGAACGAGAAUCUGGCGGAGGACGUGGCGAACGCGUUCGAGCGAGUGCUCGAGGACUACAAAAUCUCCGAGGACUCGGUGAAUCGGGUCGUCUGCUCGGGACUGCCAGAAUUCGUCGGCGACGACGCCGGCCACAUUGUCUCCAAACAGAUGGAGUCGUUCGCCUCGAAGCUGUCCGCCUGCUUCCGCACCUGGCUCGACACCUCUCCGACUUUGGAGCUCUUCAAGAAGAACAUCUACUCGAUGCUGCUCUCCUAUCUGACCGUGCCCGCCGCCAUCCACCUCGCCUCCCAAAUGAUCAAGACCAAGUUCGAGCUGCCCGUCACCGAGCCGUUCCCGGUGAUCAUCGAGAAUCUGAUCACACAUCGCGACAUUUAUCAAAUGAAUCUCGAGGGUUUGGCGCCGAUUUCGGAGCGAGAAUGGGUGAAAGUGAUGGGAAUUCAUCAGGUGAUGAACAUCUUCAAACCGCUCACCGCCUACACGACCGAAAUGACCACUGUGGACACGGUCAUUCCGACGAUUGUGCAGUUGAGGAACGCGUUGGAGAAGGUCGGUUUUUAGGGCGAAACACGGUCUCCAGAGCUGACAAGUGCGCCCCGCCUAAUAGAGGAUUCGCGCGAAAUUCAAAUUUUAACAGUAUAAUUUGUGUUUUUUGCCAGAUUAGCCACGAAAAACCGAUAAUUUCCCAUUUGUCUCUCGAUAGACCGAUUAUAAAGUCCGCGAUAGACCGAUUACUUUUACGAAUUUUUUAGGCGCAAGAGCGUCAAAUUUGGUCAAGUCGCAAAUCACAUUUAUCUGUUUGAAGGUUUUUGGCUAAAACUGCGUGAAUUUCAGUUGCUUUUCGGUAGUUUUCGCGGUUCGAGCGCUCAAAAUGCUUGUAUUUACGUGAUUUAUCAUUCUCAAAACUAAUUCUGUCUGAAAACGGUCAAGAAAUCGCAAAAUGAGACGUGCGGUUUUUAGGCGGCGAUCGGCGGCGAAAGCGAAAAAGAAAAGUCCGCGAAAAAUGCGUCAAAACGUCAUUAUUUCUGAGAAUUAGUGUGUUUUCAUGUCGAACAAUCAUUUUUCAUCGCCUUUGACCACAAAAAUCAGAGAAAACCUGCUCAAUUCAUGAAAAAGUCAUUUGGCCGCCGAGGCCACGCCCAUAUUGUCAGCUCUGGAGACGCAAAAAUGAGAAAAUAACUAGACUAAUUUCAGGACACCUUCCACCUGGGAGAAGUCGGUUCGGACCUUCUCGCCUCGCUCAACGCCACCUUCGCCCCGAUCACGUCUCCGAACCACGAGGAAUUCGACUCCACGUACAUCCAGGCGACGGCCCUGAAUCCACAACUCGCAGUCACUCUCACCGCCGAACAAAUGUCGCUGGCCAAGAGUUUAAUCGAGAAAGAAGUGUCGAGACGGUCGCGGAAGUCGAGGUCUCACAACGAAAAGAAAUUGGCGAUGGGCGUCGAUUCGCUUCUCGCGAACGUCAUGAAGAAAGAGGGAGCCGGAGGCGAGGAGGCGCUCGCCAUUUACGGCGAUUUGUUUCAAUCGAUAAAGGGCGAGAGCAUUGUCAAUCAGUACUUUGAGGAAAUCUCGAGCGCCGUAAGUUUUUGGGCAGCCGAUUGGGUUUUUUGACGUAGAGUAAAAACGUAAAAACGAGAAAUCAUUCCGCUUGGCUGAGAAAACUCUCAGAAUCUCGCAAUUUCAACAAAAUUCUCGUGCCGAAGCUUAUAAAAAAAAUUGUUUUAUUUUUCAGACCUCCGUGGAAAGCAUCUUCACGCCGCUGCUGCGUACUUUCGGAAAUCCGAUGCAAGCCCCCCUGGCCUACUGGAAAUCGUGCUCUUCCCGAUGCUCGGAGCUCUCCGAACUCGCCGCCGAGCUCCUCUCCAUACCGAUCUUCACGCUCACCGCCGAAAGAGUGCUGACUUUUUCGGCCACGGCCACGUCCACCGCGCUCAACACGAACCUAAUUCUGACCAAUUUGGACACUGUCGAACAGUUUGAAAAGCAGAUUUUACUCCGUUUCAACCGUCAAAUUGUCGCGAAAUUAUUAAACUAG